AUGGCCGAUGAAAAGAAACAGAAUCCCUUCGAGGGCAUGGGGCCCUCGGAAGAAGCAGACCACCCACCAGCAUACACAGCAGGGCCAUCAACGUCAUCCCCAGGCCCAGCCCCAGGCCCAGCCCCAGACCUCCCUCAAGGCCGGAAACCAGUCGCUCUCCCAGCGAUAUCCUCCUCAUUUGACUCUCCCUUUAUCCGUGCCUACCCUCCAAUUCUCCAAUCACACAACCUCCCCAAAGAAUCCUUCCUCUUCUUCCUCGACCAGUUGAACAAAGACAUCUCCAGCAGCCCGCCCCUCCAAGUCCUAGACGUAACAGGCGGCAUCCUCAACUCGGUACCGAUUCUCUUCCCGCUGCACUGGAUCGGCAAUGUCGUAAGCGGGCUCGCAACCCUAGGCAGCCAGGGCGUGUCGAAGAGCCGCACGGACUCAUUCCUCAAGACAGCCAACAAAGACAUCUUCGGGCCGCGGGGCUUGAAGGUCGAGAUUACGAAGCUGGAUGCGUUAGCUCAUCUUGCUAAGAUUCCCAUUCUGGAUGCCCAGGGCAAAAUUAAUAGACAGGCGCCGCUUUUCUUGCAACUACGGGAUGAGGCGGUUGUUGGUGAUGAGCGGCAGGUGGAAAUGGAGUUACAGCGCAGGAUUAGGACUUUAGGGCCUUGGAUUGAGGACUUGGAGGUGGAGGUUUUGCCUUGGUCUUCGAAGUCGAAGUUGACCAGGUUAAAUGCUGCGUUGAAGAAGAGGAAUGCACCUAGGGAUACUAGAGAUGGGGAAAGGAGGGGAAGGGAUGGUUCGUAUGACGCGGAGGUUAGACAGGAGGAGAAUGAGUCUUUUCGGAAGGCUUUGUGGCUUGUUAUUAGGGAGAUUGAGGAGGGAAGGCGCUGA